UGCGGCCCUUCGCAGUCUGCUCCUUUUUCUUCUUCUUUGUCUUUUUCUGCUUCGCUAAUCGCAACAGCCAGCACGUCAUAACCCACCACACAUCCACCAUGUCUGCCAACCAGGAGCGUUCCUUCAUCAUGGUCAAGCCCGACGGCGUCGAGCGCGGCCUUGUCGGCGAGAUUGUCUCGCGGUUCGAGAAGCGCGGAUUCAAGAUCCUCGCCCUCCAGCUCAUCCACCCGUCGGCGGAGCUGCUGCAGGAGCACUACAAGGACCUGGCUGACAAGCCGUUCUUCCCCAAGCUUCUGGCGUACAUGCAGUCGGGCCCCGUUGCUGCUUUCGUCAUCCAGGGCAAGGGUGCCGUCAAGAUCGGCCGCGUCAUGCUCGGCGCCACCAACCCCCAGGACUCGGCUCCCGGCACCAUCCGCGCCGACUUCGCCCUGGACAUCGGCAAGAACGUCUGCCACGGCUCCGACUCGGUCGAGUCCGCUGAGCGCGAGGUUGCUCUGUGGUUCGGUGACAACAUCAAGUCGUACUCGCGUGCUGUUGACAACGUCAUCUACGAGUAAGCAGUAGCCUAUU